AUGGCAUUCGCGUGGAAAGCCGCGGGAAUCACCUACAACCGCUACCUAGCCGUCGCCUCCCGCACCGUCCGCCGAUCGCUAAAGGAGGGUCCAAGAUUACAAGCAGAGCGCAGAGGAGAGAUGGACCUGCGAUUUGCGAAGUGGCAGAAUGGCAAGCAGGGUGACCUGAAGAAUUUGGGUGAGGCCAACGAGGCGGCUGCUGCUCAGCAGGCCAAGACGGAAUAG